UAGUAUCAGCCUCAGGUCCCUUCCUUGAAGACCAUGGCCUUAUCAGCCAAGAUGGAGCUUCAGUUUUGGCCUAAUUUUGUUUCUCUCUUGGAAAAACUGAAUGGUUGGAUGAUCUUGGUGGUUCUGGUCACAUUUCUUCUGGUUAUUAACCUUGUGAGAAUGAGACGACCCAGGAAUUUCCCUCCAGGGCCACAGCUCUUUCCUCUGGUGGGAACUUUUGUGGACUUUAAGCAGCCUCUCCAUCUUGCACUGCAGAAGCUUACUGGUCGGUAUGGGAACAUCUUCAGUGUGCAGUUUGGAAGUCUGACUUUUGUGGUAAUCAACGGGUACCAGAUGGUGAGAGAAGCUCUUGUCCACCAGGCUGAAAUAUUUGCAGAUCGGCCAAAUAUUCCACUCCUCCAAGAAAUAUUCAGAGGCUUUGGUCUCAUAUCAUCAAAUGGGCAUGUAUGGAGGCAACAGAGGAAGUUUACUGCAGCAGCACUGAAAAGCAUUGCUGUAAGUUUUGAGGAGAAAGUGCAAGAGGAGAGCCGGUACCUUGUGGAGGCGAUCGAGGAGGAGAAAGGACAACCAUUUGACCCUCAUUACAAAAUUAACAAUGCUGUUUCAAACAUCAUCUGUUCCAUAACUUUUGGGAACCGCUUUGACUACCAUGACAACCGCUUCCAGGAGCUGCUGCACUUGCUGGCUGAAACGCUGCUGCUCAUCGGAAGUUUCUGGGGCCAGCUGUACAAUGCUUUCCCUCUCAUAAUGAGAUGGCUGCCAGGACCCUUUAAGAAAAUCUUCAGGCACUGGGAGAAACUUGAGCAUUUUGUGAAAGGAGUGAUUGCAAAGCACAAGGAGGAUUUGGACCACUCUGAGGCAGGAGAUUAUAUUGACUGUUACCUGAAGGAGAUAGAAAAGUAUAAGGAUGACACCAGCUCAUGUUUCCAUGAGGAAAACCUGCUGCGCACCACCCUGGACCUCUUCUUAACUGGGACUGAGACAACAGCAACUGCCAUCCGAUGGGCUCUGCUCUACAUGGCCACACACUCCCACAUUCAGGAGCAAGUGCAGCUGGAAAUCGACGCGGUGAUUGGCCAGUCCCGCCAGCCCACGGUGGCCGACAAGGAGAACAUGCCCUACACCAGCGCCGUGCUGAGCGAGGUGCUGCGGAUGGGCAACAUUGUGCCACUGGGAGUGCCUAGGAUGUCCACCAGCGACACCACCUUGGCUGGCUUCCACCUGCCUAAAGGUACCACCCUGAUGACCAGCCUGACUUCGAUAAUGUUUGACAAAAAUGUGUGGGAGACUCCAGACACCUUUAAUCCUGAACAUUUCCUGGAAAAUGGCCAGUACAGGAGGCGGGAGGCUUUUCUGCCCUUCUCUGCAGGCAAGAGGGCUUGCCCCGGGGAGCAGCUCGCCAGGACCGAGCUGUUCAUCUUCUUCACUAGCCUCCUGCAGAAGUUCACCUUCCGGCCACCAGCAGAUGCUACACUGACCUUUGCCUUCACUCUCAGCCUCACGCGCUGCCCCAAGCCCUUCCAGAUCUGUGCAUUGCCCCGUGACCCUCCAUGCCAGGUCAGAGAAAGCCGCUCCACGGUGUCUUGUGUUUCUGCCCACAGCUGUCCAUCUCCCCCUGUCUGUGGGGGUUCAGUGGUACCCUGUGAGCUCAGCCUGCCCCGACCUGCCGCGGGACACGUCCCAGUUGUGGUGCACUACCCAGCCAUGCUGCUCUUGCUCUGGGAUAGCAUCUCCUUCCAGAUGCUCCUCAUCUUCCUCACUGUCUUCCUGCUCGUUGCUGACUACCUGAAGCGCAGGAAGCCGAAGAACUACCCUCCCAGCCCCCUCGCCCUCCCCUUCAUUGGGCACCUCUACCUGAUGGACCUGAAAGAUCCUGCCAAGACAAUGCAGAAGCUUAUAGAAAAAUGUGGAGAUAUCUGCAGCACACAGGUGGGCAGCGCAUCAUUUGUGUUCAUAAGUGGGCAGCAGCUAAUCAAGGAAGUUCUUGUUCAUCAAGGGGAAAACUUCAUAGAUCGGCCUGAUAUCCCUUUGGAGCAUGAUUUCUUCAGCACCAAGGGACUGAUCAACUCUAACGGGCUCUUAUGGAAGCAGCAGAGAAGAUUCACCUUGAGCACCCUCCGGACCUUCGGGCUGGGGAGGAGGAGCCUGGAGGAGCGCAUCCAGGAGGAGUGUCGGUACCUGGUCGAUGCGUUUGGAGAGGAGCAGGGGAGUCCUUUCAAUCCUCAUUUUCAGCUCACUAAUGCUGUUUCAAAUAUCAUCUGCUCCAUCACCUUUGGCAACCGCUUUGAAUACCAUGACGAGGACUUCCAAAAAUUGCUGCACCUCCUGGAAGAGACAGUUAGGCUCCAUGGGACCAUAGCAGGCCAGCUGUAUCCAUCUUUCCCAACUAUAAUGAAGCUCUUGCCCGGAUCCCACCACAACAUUUUAAACAACUGGAAGGUGAUGAAAGCUUUUGUGAUGGAGAGGAUUGAGAGACAUAAGGAGGACUGGAACCCCUCAGAGAGCCGAGACUUCAUUGACAGCUACCUGCAGGAGAUAGCCAAGGGUGACAGCAGCAAGAUCUUCCAGGAGGAAAACCUGGUGGCCUGUGUGCUGGACCUGCUGUUCGCCGGGACCGAGACCACUUCCACCACCCUGCGCUGGGCUCUGCUCUAUAUGGCUGUGCACCCAGAAAUCCAAGCCCGCGUGCAGUCCGAGAUUGAUGUGGUCAUCGGGCAGAUGCGGCAGCCAGCCCUGGAGGACAGGGACAAAAUGCCCUACACCAAUGCUGUCAUCCACGAAGUGCAGAGGAUAGGCAACGUCAUCCCUUUCAAUGUGCCAAGAGCACCGACCAAGGACACGGUUGUGGGUGGCUACACCAUACCAAAGGUAACCCCAGUGCUGAGGCUUUACCAGGAGGAUCCCAGUUGCCCAGGCAUGAUCCUCCAAGGUACUUUCUUGAUGAUAAAUCUAAGCUCCUUGAUGUUUGACAAGAAUGAGUGGGAAACCCCCCACACUUUUAACCCUGGGCAUUUCCUGAAGGAUGGCCAGUUCCACAAAAAGGAGCUUUUCAUACCCUUCUCUAUGGGGAAGCGUGCCUGCCUGGGCGAAGUGAUGGCCCGCUCCGAGCUCUUCCUCUUCUUCACGGCUCUGCUUCAGAAAUUCACCUUCCAGCGACCCCCAGGCACCACCUACAGUCUCAAGCCCAAGAUGGGCCUCACCAUGGCCCCAGAGCCCUACAAGAUCUGUGCCGUGCCUCGGUAGGGAAGCUUUGGCCACCACACUCAUGGGAAGAUCCUUUGACAGUGUCAUGGCUUCUGUUGAAUCUGCUACUGUUCAGUACCAUGCUGGUGUCAUUUUAUGGCUGGGCUGUUUCUGCUGUUCCUGCUUUUGCUU